AUGGAUUCAGCAGAGGUUUGGGGGGAAGAAGACGGUGUAACCGCGGAGGUUGCUAAUCUCACGGCUGCAGAACUGCGGAUGAGGACAUCUUUAGUCGACUCCGAGCUCAAGUACUUCAAGAGUGAAGCAAACAAGCUCAAAUUCGAGCUGAAUAACAUGCAGGAGAGGAUCAAAGAAGCAAUCGAAAAGAUCCGGCUCAACAAGCAGCUACCGUAUCUCGUCGGCAGCGUUGUCGAGGUGAGAGGGGGUUAUUGGCACGUUACAGAGCUGCAUUCUGCUCGCAAGUACGGUUCCAUGUCCAUUAGCAAUGAGUGUGACCUGGCGCUAUUGUUCGACAAUGAGGAAGAGGGAGAGGAGGACGGGGCAGCCACAGACAUCGACCUCCAGCGAAAGGGGAAAUGCAUCGUCAUCAAGACCUCUACAAGACAGACUGUUUUUCUUCCCGUCAUUGGCCUUGUGGAGGCAGACCAACUGAAGCCGGGAGACCUGGUAGGGGUCAACAAGGACUCGUACCUGGUGCUGGAUAAGCUGCCUGCGGAAUACGAUGCCAGGGUAAAGGCAAUGGAGGUUGACGAACGGCCCACAGAGGAGUACAGUGAUGUUGGGGGCCUCGACAAACAGAUUCAAGAACUAAUUGAGGCCAUUGUUCUUCCUAUGACGCACAAGGAGCGCUUUGAUAAAAUCGGCAUUCGACCACCAAAAGGCCCACAGCUGGUCCAAAUGUUUAUUGGUGAUGGUGCAAAGAUGGUCCGCGAUGCCUUUGAACUGGCAAAGGAAAAAGCGCCUGCAAUCAUAUUUAUUGAUGAACUCGACGCUAUCGGAACGAAGCGGUUCGAUAGCGAGUUGUCUGGAGAUCGUGAAGUUCAACGAACCAUGCUUGAGCUUCUCAACCAGCUGGACGGCUUCAGCAGCGACGAUCGUAUCAAAGUAAUCGCAGCAACCAACAGGCCAGACGUACUGGACCCCGCUUUGCUUCGUUCGGGCAGACUCGAUAGAAAAAUUGAAUUGCCUCACCCCAACGAAGACGCCAGAGAGCGAAUUUUGCAAAUUCAUGCCCGGAAGAUGACCGUUAACAAGGCUGACGUGAAUUUCCGGGAGCUUGCUAGGAGUACUGACGACUUUAACGGAGCUCAGCUAAAGGCCGUCUGCGUCGAAGCUGGGAUGAUUGCACUUCGUCGCAACGCAUCAGAGCUACAGCACGAGGAUUUCGUCCAGGGUAUCGCCGCAGUUCAGGCGAAAAAGAAGUCAAGUCUGAACUACUUCACCUGA